GGCAUCCCAGCCACCCCUAUAUGGGCCCCCCCCCCCAGCCCUCGUAGCCGACGGAGCAGCUGCAGCGCCAUGGAGGCACUGGGUCUGUGGGUGCUGGUGGCACUGGUGGCACUGGGAGAGGGGCAGCCCAUCGGCCCCCAUGAGCCGCUGGGCUGCGCGCCGCCCCCGCCCCGGGACUGCCAGGACGUCUUCGCGGCGGGGGCGCGGGCGGACGGCGUUUACCUGGUGUCCCCGGGGGGCGCCCCGCGGCCCGUCUUCUGCGACAUGAGCACCCAGGGACACGUCUGGACCGUUUUCCAGAAGCGAUUCAACGGCUCCGUCAGCUUUUUCCGGGGUUGGAACGACUACAGACACGGCUUCGGCCGCGCCGACGGCGAGUACUGGCUUGGGCUGGAGGCGCUGCACCUGCUGACGCUGCAGGGCCGCUAUGAGCUGCGGGUGGAGCUCGAGGACUUCGAGAACAACACGGCGGCCGCCACCUACGGGACCUUCUCGCUCUCACCCCACGCCAUCAGCGCCGAGGAGGACGGCUACACCCUGCACGUUGGGGCCUUCGUCGACGGCGGCGCCGGCGACUCCCUGAGCUACCACAAUGGGCAGAAGUUCUCCACCUUCGACCGCGACCAGGACCUCUACGUGCAGAACUGCGCUGCGCUCUCCUCAGGCGCCUGGUGGUUCAAGAGCUGCCACUUCUCCAACCUCAACGGCUUCUACCUGGGGGGUGCUCACCUCUCCUAUGCCAAUGGCAUCAACUGGGCCCAGUGGAAGGGCUUCUACUACUCCCUCAAGAAGAGCGAGAUGAAGAUCCGGCGCCUCUGAGGACCACCAGGACCUUCCCCAACCUCUUGUCUCACCAACCCCCAUCUGAACCCUCCUCCAUCACAAUUAAACCCCCUUGUUAAUUGG